UUAUAUUCCUGAAUUGGACACAAUGUUGUUUUUAUUUAUAUUUCUUCCUUUUUAGCCCUUUUUUCUUCUUUUUUUUUCCCUCUUAAAACACAAAAAAUGUUAAAAAUAUUUAAAAAGAAAAAAUCAGAUAAAAAUUUAACAAGAACAAUGAUGGCUCAGCAAGAAUCAUUCAAUAUGUAUGAUUCACCUAUAAAAAAGGAGCAACCAAGCAUGAAUACUAUUCCAGUAACUAUAACUAACAAUAGUAGUUUAAUAACGCCUACUACACUCGCUUCAACUCGAUAUUCGCCUCCACCAAUUAUUAUGCCUAAACCAAAGCGAGUCUUUACCCCCACAAGAGCUAUCAUUCAAGAUAGAUUUGAUACAGAUAAAACUCAAGUAGAAGAAGAGGAUAAUGAGUCAACGAAUGAGCAACAAGAAGAAAUACCACCUAUAUUACUUCCGACAUCACAAGAAGACUUUGCUUUAUCUCACAUUCUUAAACCAGUUUCACACAAAAAGGAAACACAAUUAAAAACAAGUUCUCAAUCAACUGAGACGAGUGAUGACUCUAAUCGUCUUUACGAAUCUGCAAAUGAAUCUUUAGUUAGUGAAAAGGAUGAAAUCAUGUCUAAUCCUAUUUUACUUUUUAAAAAUCAACCAUCCUAUCAGCAGCAACAAGAGAAUAUAAAUAGUCUAGAUGCUCCUUCUACUCAACAACGUUCAAAGAGAUCAUCUACUGUUGCUUCUUCUGCUACAGUUACACCUCUUUUACAUAAUCAAUAUCAAAAUGAGACUAUACAAAAAAUCAUUUCUUCCUCUUCCUCUUCCUCUUCCUCUGCCUUCCCUUCUUCCUCACCUAAAUACGAUCAUCAUGCAUUUGAGGAAAAACAACAGGAACAAAAUGAUAAUCUCUUACUACUGCAAGAAUUAAAGAAACAGGUUGAAGAGUUGGAGAAACAACAUUUGAUGGAGAAAGAAAAAUGGAAGAGAAAGGAACUCGAAAUUCUUGAUCGUCAACAUCAAAUGAUUGAAACACUUAUAGAGACUAAAGGUCAACUUACGAAUGCCCUGAAAGAUAAAGAGGCAAAAGAGCAAGAAAUGUUGCUCUAUCAAAAGCAAUUACAACAACAACAAUUUCAGCAAUUAUUGGAGCAGCAACAAGAGAAUGAAACAAAGUCAGAUAAAGUCAUAGGAAAAUCGAGGGCAAAUAAGCAAUAUACGUUAAUUGAGGAGAAUGAGCAAUCAUCAUUAGCAAAAGAGAAAAUGUUAAAUAAAAGUAGAUCAGAAGACUACCUUCAUUAUCAAUAUACGGCUACACCUGAAGAACAACAACAACAGCAAAAUGCGAAUAACAAGGAAGUUAUGAAUGAUGAAAGGAUGAACAAUAGCAGAAAACGUUCUCCUCGUUCAAGACGUAAUAGUAGCGCUAGUCAUAAAACUCAUCAUCGUUCUCAUAGAGAACUUAAUAAUGAGCCACAACAACAAAGUCCUUCAAAGACAACAUUGUCUAGAAAGAGAACAACAAAUAGACCCAGGGCUUUAUCCAAUGAGUCACCUUCUUAUAGAGAAGAAUAUCGUUAUAUGAAUAAUGAUAAUGUUAUCAUGUUGCCAUUCAAUUCACAAUUCACUGAAUCUCCUGUUACUCUAUAUCAACAGCAACAGCAGCAGCAACAGCAACAGCAGCAGCAGCAGCAGCAGCAGCAGCAACAACCAAUCUACAUAAAACCUAGACGUAGUAGAUCUGUAGGAAGAGAUACCUCCUCCUCUAGAACCUCUCUUAUUUAUGAUGAUUACUAUGAUGAAAUAGACAAUCAUGAUGAGGUUUAUGAAAACGACUUUCUUGAUAGUGGCUUUUGUAGUAAUUAUGAUUAUCCGUCUAAACAACGAAGAGGUCCAAGAUAUUAUGUACAAAGACACUAUAGACCUUAUUCUCCGGUUGAUUAUUACCAUCAUCCAAUGCCUGCAUUUCAUCAUGCUGUAAUGCCACCUACUAAUAGAUAUCGUUACAAUUAUUAAUAAAAUUUUACUUGAAAUCCCCCUUUUAUGCAUGUGUGUGUGUGUGUGCAUACAUUUGGUGUACAUUACAUUUACCGCUUGCUAUAUAUUCA